GUUAUGUGUUUUUCAGGAUUCCAACAUAAAAAUAUUCUUAAAAUGUAUAAUCACUGCAUAAAAUGCAGUACAUGCCAAAUCUGAUCUCUGAUUCCUAAACAGUGUGUGCAACACUGUAAUCAACGUAUAUCUCAAUGUGUGUGUCAUAAUUACAUAUUUCACCUGAGUGUGUGUACGGCAGCAGUGUGUAAGUACAGUAUUUCAUCACAGUGCAUCACAGUGAGCGCAGCAGACAAGACCAUCCCACUUCCUGUCUGCGAGGGAAAAUCCCUCUGCGACUGUGGUGUAUAAAAACCCUGCAAGUCAACACUGGCAGGCAGAACAACAACAGGACAACUAAAUACAACAUCUAAUCUACUGACCUUAACAGAUUUUUCUUCAUUCAGAAAAAAAUGGAAUCCGAGAUGACAUGCAACGUGAGCGAGAUGUGGAGCCCCAAGAUGCCCGAGGGACUGGACUUUGAGAUUUCCCAUCAUCCACUGACAAUGAAGCGCGUGGUCAACCUCAUCUUCGCCAUGGAGAGGUUUAAGGGCGGCCGCUCAGAAACCGUGCAGGGCACUGGAUUCAGAGAUGAAGACCUGCUCAACAUCAUGCUGGAGAACCUGGUGGAAGAGGAAAUUGUGUUCGGGUGUGAAUCAGCUCCACCAGCUCAGAUCACCUGGACGGGCGAGGAACAGUGCAGCAUCACCGACGGCGAGAAGAGGAGCUUAGUUCAGGUCCAAAACAGCAUGGAGCUCCACGCAGUGAUGCUGCAGGGAGGCGGUGGCACCACAAAAGUUCACCUGAACAUGUCGACCUACUUGCACCCUACACCCAGAGUUCUGGGCAGAACUGUGGCUCUGGGCAUCCGGGGCACAAAUCCAAAUCUCUACCUGUGUUGCCGCAAGAAUGGUGCCAAUCCAACCUUGCAUCUGGAGGCGGUGGAGAACAAAAGUCUGUUGAGUGGAUUGGGUGCGAGCAUCAGCCCGGACAGCGACAUGGUGCGAUUUCUCUUCUACAGACAGGACACCGGGGUGAACAUCACCACCCUCAUGUCUGUCGCCCACCCUGACUGGUUCAUCUGCACAGCAGAGCAGGACAACAAGCCGUUGGAAAUGUGCAUGGAGUCCGCCAACCUCUACCGGACCUUCAACAUCCGAGAGGAGGCUUAAGCCCUAACCUUUAAGAAGAAAAUUUGAUUAGUGAACACUGCACUACCAAUGUCUGCUAAAAAGCCUUCUGCAAGUAUUGCAGAGUGUCUAUUUACUGUAUGUACCAAGUACAGAAAGUAAAAUUAUUCGUGUAUUGACAUAAGUCAAGCUUCACCAGAAGGUGGUACCAUUGUGCUAUCAGGUGAGCAACCUGUGUAUUUAUUGUGCUGAAUGACAUGACACACUGUUAUUGCUUUUAUCUAUUAAUUUAUUUAUCUAUUUAUGCACUAUUUUAACAUAUGUAUUUAUUUUUAAAUCUGCUUACUAAUAAUUAUUUAAAUCAUGUGCAGUGAAAUAUUUAAUAAAGCCUUGUGG